CCGCGUCUGGACCAAUGGAGAGCGGCCGCCCGGGCACCGGUCGCACGAAAUCGCCAUGGCAACGGGCGCGCUGAGCCUCCCGUUAUGAGCGGCUCGCGUUUAAACGCCAACAAUAACAAAUAACAACAAACAAUACUUAAUAAUGACUACAAUAGCAACAUAAAGCUUGGUUUUCGUGCGGUUCGCCUUGACGCAGCAGCCGCGGACGGACCGCGAGCUGCAACCUCGCCUUGUUUGAAACUGUAGGCCUAGGCUCGCCUGACCCUGUGACUGUUCCUAGAGUUUAUCGUUUAGAGUUUGUGUUUGUUGAUAUUGCGACAUUUAAUUGUUGACUUCGUUUAUAAAGACUCCAAGCGUAAAGAUGAUGGAACUUAAUCUCAGCCGCGUGGACUACCUGCAAGUGGGAGUAACAUCACAGAAAACCAUGAAGCUUUUGCCACCUUCUGGACGCAGAGCCAUGCAGAAGGUUGCUGUUGGAGACCAAAACGGCGUCCUCACGUGCUUUGGCAUCAAGAAAGGCGAAGUCGUGCCAGUGUUCAAGACACUGCCAGGCCCAAAGCUGCAGCGGCUGGAGCUGGGUGGCGCCACUGGCACCCCCCAGGAGAAGGUGUUUGUGGCUGCGGGGCCCGAGGUGCGAGGCUUCACCAAGAAGGGAAAACAGUUCCUGAACUUCGAGACAAACAUGGCGGAGAGCAUCCAAUCUAUGUAUGUCUCCGGUGCAGACCUCUUCCUAUGUGGAAGCUAUAUCUACAAUCACUACAGGGACUGCCAGGACAAGAACUACUUUCUCUCCACGGACAAGAUCAGUGACCUGCUCUGUCUGCCGGCCGAGCGCGUGCCGGACCUCACGCCUGUUCUGGCGUGCAAUGACCGUGUGCUACGGGUGCUCAAGCAAUCAAGUUUACGGUACGAAAUGGAGGUACCCGGCUCGCCGUCAGUGCUCGCCUUGUUUGGUAGAAACGGAGGAGACAGCGGACAGGAUAUUCUGUAUGGCACUGCGGAUGGAAAGCUAGGGUUGUUGCAGAUCAAGCCGACAGAGGCGACACAUCGCUGGGAAAUUGUCAACGAAAAGCGGAGGGGAGGCGUGCUCUGCAUGGACUGCUUCGACAUCCUGGGGGACGGUGUCAAGGACGUGCUGGUGGGACGGGAUGACGGCACGGUUGAGGUGUAUGGCUUCGACUCCGUGGGUGAUCCUGUGCUACGCUACGAGCAUGCUCUUUCUGAAAGCAUCACAUCGAUUCAGGGUGGCUGCGUUGGAAAGGAUGGCUACGAUGAGAUUAUCACAGCCACAUACGCAGGCUGGGUGUCUGGGCUCACCACAGAACCUUUGCAGAAGUCGAUGGGAUCUGGCGAGGAGGUGAAAAUGAGUCGGGAGAUGCAGACUAAACUCGACAACAUAAGGGCAGAGCUGGAGCAGCUCCAGCUGCAGGUGAUGAUGGAGCGUGAUCACUACCAGCUCACGUCGCAGUCCGACUCAGCGGUGGCCACCGUGCCACUCUUCCACGUCAAUGACCGCUUCACGCUGGGCCGCGACGACGCCAGCUACGUUCUGUCCAUCGAGGUGCAGACAGCCAUGGACCACGUCAUGCUGCAGAGCGACGUGCCCAUAGAUUUACUGGAUGUGGAAAAAAACUCAGCUGUGGUGAGCUACAGUGCUUGUGACACCGAGUUAAACGGCAACUUCCUUCUGGCAACAUACCGAUGCCAAGCCAACACGACACGCCUGGAGUUGAAGAUCCGCUCCAUCGAGGGCCAAUACGGCACGCUGCAGGCUUACAUCACGCCACGCCUGCAGCCCAAGACCUGCCAGGUGCGGCAGUACCUUAUCAAGCCGCUGUCGCUGCACCAGCGCGUGCACACCAUCGACGCCAGCCGGCCAAUGAACACGCUGUCACUGACGGGCCAGUUCAGCUGUGCAGAAAUACACUCGUGGGUGGUGUUCUGCCUGCCCGAGCUCCCUGAAAAGGCUCCAGUGGGAGACAGCGUCACGUACUACUUCCAAAACACCUUCCUGGAAACACAGCUGGAGUGCGUUUACAGGAAAGGAGAGGGGGUGUUCAGGUCCGACAACAUCUCUACUAUCUCCAUCCUCAAGGACAUUCUCACUAAGGAGGCCACAAAGAGGAAGAUCAACCUCAACAUCUCCUAUGACAUGAACGAGGACUCAAUUGGACACACGCUGCAGCUAAUCCACCCCAAGCUGGAACACCAACUGAUGCUUGCCAAGAAAGUACAGCUUAUAGACGCCCUCAAGGAACUACAGGUGCAUGAGGGGAACAUGGAUUUCCUGAUUGCGGAGUACCGUGCCAUCCUGCUCGAGGCCGACUCUCUGCAAGAGGAGUUCAAGAAGCAGCCAUCCCAUCUGGAACGUCUCUAUGGUAUGAUAACGGAUCUGUUCAUCGACAAAUUCAAGUUCAAGGGGACGAACGUGAAGAGUCGGGUGCCCAUGCUGUUGGAGGUGCUCGACAACUAUGAGCUCAACACCCUCACGGAGUUUUUCAAUUCUACAUAAAAAAAGCCAUUUCACUUCCCGCUGAUCACAGCCUCCAGACUUGGCUGCACGACACCCAUGACCUCAUCUUCAAAACACCACUGGGAUUGUGGUCUUGAGGGGUUUUCUGCCGCUUAAAAAAAAGUCCCCUCAGUGGUUAUAUUGCAGAAAUUGAUUUCUGUUAGCUAGAUUUGAGUUAUAAACAAUGCAAUGUCAAUGUAUAAGUCACAGCCUACUGUUCAACUCGGCCCUCGACUGUAAAGGACAGAUGGGGAGACUGUUCAGAAUUGUUAAGCCGAGCUUCCCUUUAGGUCUUGGCUAGUACAUGCCUUCACAGCACCAAUGAUUAUCUUUUCAGUUCUAAAAUUAGGCGUUGUCAUUUUGACUGGCAGUUGUAGGUCUACUGGAAGGACAUCUUAAGUCCUCAAGCUCUGCCUUGUUCAACCCUCAAUCUCCCACAGUAUAUAACUGUUGUAUAUUUUAGAGAAACUUACCGUGUACACGUUGAAGCUUAUGGGAAGUCAAAGGUGCAGAAGUGAAUGUAAAAGUAUCCGAAGUAAAAUGCUGAACAUGACAAUACAACACAGCUUUGACUGCAUUGAAAUGUUUGUCUAUACAGUUGAAAAUAUUAAUGAAUGUAGUUUUCACAAUGGCAUUAUGCAACAAACGCAUAUUCCAGCUUUGAUUUUACUGCUGCAUUUAUUAAAGUAAUUUUGCCAAAGUUGUAUAUUUUGUUACAACCUUGUUUACAAGAAAUUGUAAAAUUAACACCAAAAAACUGGAACGUUAUAGCAUGAGGUUAAUAUUCCCUUUUUAUCAUGAUGCGAAAAUCAUCACAUGUACAUUCCUUGACAAAUCAUGUAACAGCAUCACUUAAAGGCUUUUGGCAAUUUCAAAAAAAAUAUUACAUAUUGAGAUUUCUGAUGAGGUAAAGUUAGAAACUGUACUAUUUCGUCUGUGCUUCUAUACAAUACAAUAAACAAAUCAACAUGAA